AUGGCCGAUCGCUACGUCACCAUUCAUGAGUCUCCCAAUGGACCAGGAGACUCACGACCAACAGCUGUCCAGAUCAUCAAGGAUGAAGGACUGGAAGGGAAAUUGAGCGACCUAGUUGUCUUUAUUACCGGAUGUUCUGCCGGUAUCGGCGUUGAGACGGCAAAAGCGCUGCAUCUCACUGGCGCAACUCUAUAUCUAACGGCUCGAGACCUCGAAAAGGCAAAGUCAGCCCUAGGCGACCUCGCGCAGGGUGAGCGUGUCCAUCUUCUCGAACUUGACCUGGAAUCGCUGGAGAGUGUUCGCUCAUGCGCCGCCAAGUUCUUAUCCGAGAGUCCGAAACUCAAUAUCCUUAUCUGCAACGCUGGGGUCAUGUGUACACCAGAAGGACGCACAAAAGAGGGCUUCGAGACUCAAUUCGGAACAAACCAUCUUGCCCACUUCCUAUUGUUCCAGCUACUCAAACCUGCCCUCGCCAAAGGUGCGACGUCUGAUCAUGCAUCUCGAGUCGUCAUGCUAAGCUCACUUGCGCAUCGCUUUGGCGAGGUUGACUUUGACAACGUCAACAUGGAAGGCUGCUACGAUCCCAACAAAGCAUACUCACAGAGUAAAACUGCCAAUCUUUGGACAGCUAAUGAGAUUGAGCGGAGGUACGCCAGUGAGGGUAUCCAUGCGUGGAGUGUUCAGCCAGGCGGUGUCCUCACAGAUCUGGGAAGGCAUUUAUCUGAGGAACAAAAGAGCGGCCUUGCAGUGGAUCCAUAUCUCAAGACCAUUUGGAAGCUCCCGGACCAAGGUGCUGCUACAAGUGUCUGGGCAGCUGUCGCUCAGGCUUUGGAAGGACAAGGCGGGAAGUAUCUUGAGGACUGUCAAAUCGUUGGGAAAUGGGAUCCUUCAUCUCUGUUGUAUGCAAGAGGACAUGGGGAGCAUGCGUGUGAUACUGAGAAAGCGGCCAGAUUAUGGGAUAAGUCUUUGGAGUGGGUAGGCCUGUAG